AGAGAAGGGCGCGAGAUAGAAAUCCAGGAGCGCGGACAACUCGGGCGCUCCGCUCCAGCUGGGUCCAAGCUGCUUCGCUACCAUUCAACAACAGCAGCCGCCAGCACCUCCGACCUUCUUAAAGACUAUAAUCACGGAAAACACAAUUUAAUAUCCAACAUACACGCACAUGACGUGCAGCGGCAGCAGGACAAAUCACCGUCUGACCGUAACCAGCAGAAACAGAGGGAAAUGUCUUGGUGGCCGCGCGGUGAGGAUGGGGAGGAGGCCAUGCAUCAAGACACAGAUUCUGAUGUGGCAGAGCAGAGAGAUGGUGGGAAAGUGAAGGUGAAAUGGACACAAGAGGAGGAUGACAAGCUCAAGGCGCUGGUGCAAAAACUUGGACCAAAUGAUUGGAAAUAUAUUGCCACCUACAUACCAAAUCACACUGAACACCAGUGUCAGCAUCGCUGGUUUAAGAUCUUGGAUCCAGAGUUGGUUAAAGGCCCUUGGACCAAAGAGGAGGAUGAGAAGGUUAUAGAGCUUGUAAAUCUCUACGGCAACAAACAGUGGGCGAUGGUAGCGAAGCAUCUGAAGGGCAGACUGGGCAAACAGUGCAGAGAGCGUUGGCACAACCACCUCAAUCCAAAUGUGAAGAAGUCAUCAUGGACAGCAGAGGAGGACCUCAUCAUCUACAAGGCUCACUGCCUGCUCGGAAACCGCUGGGCUGAAAUCGCCAAGCUGCUCCCUGGACGAACGGAUAAUGCAGUGAAGAAUCACUGGAAUUCGACCAUCAAACGGAAAUUAGAGAUGGGCUUCUAUACUGGGGAGGUGUUCAGGCCGAAUGAACUUGAAGAGCUGCUGGCCCGUGUUAAUAAAGAUGUGCAGAUACCCAGUUGCUCUCAAGACUGUACAGAAAAGGAUCCAGAGCAGAAAAUGCAUCCAUCAUUGCAGGAGACGCCUGUCUCAGCCCCAGUUAAAGCUGGCCCCAGCGAAGCAGGGCCAUCGAAGGCGGAGUCCUCUCCAAAGGACAAUUUAAGUCCCAAGACUGAAGUUGACUCAACAGUCACCAGCUGGGUGGUGGACAGUUCUGGAUUUCUGUCUCCUACAGGUCCAGCACUGAAGGAAGUCCUCGACAUGGUGGAUGGGGAUCUCGAUGGCUGGUGCAACUUAGCAGCCUUUGACCUGCCUGAGGACAGUCCGAGCCCAGAGCGCCAUCAGUUCCGUCUGGAGGGCAGCGCCUUGCAGGAGCUGAGCAAAGGCAACAAGGGAGAGCUCAUCCCUAUCUCUCCUGGAGGAGUCACGCCGCCCUCCAUACUGAACCGCCGCAGCAGGAGACGCAUCGCCCUGUCUCCUGACGCCAACAACUCCAUGACUCCCAAGAGCACUCCUGUCAAAAUCCUGCCUUUUUCCCCAUCUCAAUUCCUCAACAUGUGGACCAAGCAGGACACUCAUGACCUUGAGAACCCGUCUCUCACGUCCACGCCAGUGUGCAGCCAGAAAGCCAUUGUCACCACACCGCUGCAGCGUGACAAGACCCCCCUCACUCAGAAGGAAAACUCAGUAUUUGUUACACCCAACCACAAGUCUGAGAUUUGUACGACACCACGGACUCCGACGCCAUUCAAAAAUGCCAUGGAGAAGUACGGGCCGCUGCAGCCUCUGCCUCAGACGCCGAACCUUGAAGACGACAUAAACGAGGUCAUCCUGAGAGACUCUGGGAUUGACCUGGUUGUUGUACGUUCCACUCCGCCUGAACAAAGACGCAAAACGAUGCAUCGGCCUCCUAUGAAGAAAGUGCGGAAAUCGUUGGCCUUAGAUGUCGCAGACUGCCAGGUGACGCCUGCAUCCAAACGCAAAGCCAUCAAAACUGAAGCCAAACACACCGUCAAGGAAGAACCGGUACUAGUUUCUCUCAGCUCCUCGUCAUUUUGCAGUAAGCGGCAUGAAAGCAUUUUGGAUCAGGGCUUCCUUUUGGGACCCAGUGACAGUGCCAUAUUUCCCAGCACAGUGAUCCCGCUCCCAAUGUCCAAAGAAUGGGAGACGGUUGUGUGUGGACAAACUAAAGACCAGCUCAUAAUGACGGAGAAAGCAAGACGCUACCUUCGCCCGCUAAAAUCCCACGCUCCCAACCGGGCGCUGAUUCUAUCCUGAGACAUGUCUCGUCUUUAAACCAACAUGUUACAUGUGCAGAACUUGACGUUGCUGUGUCCCCUAUAAUUUUCAAUGUUGUAAUUUGUUCUGGAGAAAAGGAGCAUGUAAUGGGUAGGUUUAGUACCAUUUUUU